AUGAGCCAAAACAUAACACCCUCCAAAGACGUGGGAUUAGCACGGUUUGCGAUAAAAUGUUCAAGAGAAUUCCCCAAGUGCGCGGCAUGUCGUCCAUGGCCAGGCGAAUGCGUUUACCACAGAUUAACCCCAGUCUCCAAACCCAACGAGCCUGUUAAUGCGAAUGAACCAGUCAAAUCAGCAGCAAGAAUACCACUUCAAAACUCCAGCAACGUGGAUCAACGCUUGUCCCGUGUUGAGAAAGCUCUAGAUACCCUCUCCAGCGUGAUCAAUACGUCCCUCAUUAGUUCUGCCGGAACCCGUGGAAUCUCUGAAGCCCCUUCAAUCACAACAAAGUCAGAUUCGGAAGCGGCGACAUCAUAUCGACCGCAAAUGGGAGAAGUAGGUUUUCUUCAGAGUGCGCAGCUUGCUGACAUCUUGUUCAUCACUCCACCGGAUGACCUCCUCUUAAACGUCAUAUUCGAUCCGGCUAAAGUGUCUCAACGCGCUUGGAUUGUCUACGUCGACUUCAUUCUUCUGACUCUUCUGCAGCACGAUGAUUCUCAAGCAGAUGUUGUUGAGAGCCUCAAGAAGAACACAGAAAUGGCUCUCAAUGACUGUAGAAUAUUCCUGGAACCGAGCGAGAUAAACAUCCAAGCACUCAUGCUAUUAGGGUGCCACGGCGAGCAAUACGCUUCUCCCAAUCUCUCUUGGAUGCUUGUAGGUCAUGCCUGCCGUCAAGCCCAAGCCCUCGGAUUGCAUUCCCUUGGAAGAGGCGAUUACGCACACCAACAACGCCAAUUGGCACUAUUCUGGUCCUUAUUUGCAGUGGACAAGUCUUGUUCAUUGGCCUUCGGACGGCCGAUGUUACUGCCAACCGCCACAUAUGAGAAUGUUCCACUUCCCGAUUUCCAGUACCUUCUAGGCUACCAUCCGCACAGAAAUAAACCCGUUAUUACUCAGAAUGGCUCUUCAACCUCAACAUUUGGCGCCCAUUUCUUCAUCCAAGGAAUGGAAUUGGCCAAGUUAACGGGGGCAGUACUCGGUCUUCUCGCGUGUCCUGGAAAUGUUGCAGAUCAUCGGGCUUUGGCUGCCAAACUACAGUCAUGGGAUUCAAAUACAAACAAGCUUCUUUUGACAGUUUUUAAUGGUGAAGCUGCCAGCUCGACAGCUCACCAGAUCCAAGAGAUGAUGAUUGGGGUGCGUGCAAUGAGAUUUCAAUAUCUACACAUCACGAUCCUGGUAUUGCGCAAUGAUCCAAGCAGCAGGGAGCGCCGCGUUCAGGCAGCUCGAGACGCCAUCAUGCUCCUCCCGGAUCUGGUUUCAAACUCAACUCAUGUGUACAACGGGCUUGUGUGGCAACUGUUAUACUACCCUUUCACCCCAUUCUUUACAGUAUUUAGUCAUAUCAUGGACAAUCCAUCGGCACCAAGUACACCCCAGGACCUCGAAUUACUCACCAAGACUGCUACAUAUUUCAGUAGCAUGAAACAAUUCGGCUCUCUUCCCGCCGUCUCAUCCAAGCUAGAAAAAACAGCUUUAGUCUUCUGUAAUUUGGCAACCUUUGUCACGUCUAGUGAGCAUGCCAAUGGAGAUGCGCAAGACCAGCAGUCUACGACGACAGCCACCAGCUCCGAAGAGUCUGUACCAUCAGCAAUAGGCUUGGAAGAACCUACACUCUAUGAAAUCGAUACUUCGUCUAAUCAAGAUUUCGAUGCGCAAUCAGGCUUUGACAAUACUGACAUUGAGAAUAUUUUAGGCUGCUUGGACUCUGACGUUCCUUCACCACGCAAGCGUAAGCGAUCAUUUGACAACACCAUGGAUUGGUUUUCUUGGGACACAUAUUAUUGUCAAGAAUAA